AUGCAGCAGAUUCUUUUGGAUAUUGAGCCUGUCAAGGUCCUCUUUGGUGGCUCCCUCACCCUUGUUGCACUCUUCUUGUUUUCAACCACAUUAAACCAAUUUGUCAAGUCAGUGACUAUUUUUGCCUGGGAGUGUUUCGUCAAGCCAUUCAUUCACAAGGUUCACAACAAACCUACCGAGCAACAGCAAGCUCUUGAGUUGUUUUACAGUAACCAAGCCCAUGUCUACGACAAAACUCGUAGUGUCUUGUUGAAGGGCAGAGAAGAUUGUCUCCUGUUGGCUGCUGCUCAUAUUCCUAACAAGAACGGCAAGCUUGUUUGGGUCGACAUUGGCGGAGGCACUGGCAAAAAUAUCGAAAUGAUGGACCUGGUUUUGUCUCUUGUUGACAAUUUCGAAGCCAUCUACUUAGUCGACUUGCUGCCUUCACUCUGUGAAAUUGCACGUCAAAGGUUUGCUGGCAAGCCUUAUGAGAAUGUUAUUCAAGUGAUGGUCGCCGACGCUGCUGAUUUCAGCAUCAACCAUGAAAAAGCUGACUUGAUCACUUUCUCUUAUUCGUUGCUGAUGAUUCCAACCUUUAACUCUGUUAUUGAUCGUGCAGUCGAGCUUUUGGACAAUGCAAAUGGUGUCAUUGCCAGUGUUGACUUUGGUGUACAAAGCUCUGACACAUACAUGGGAAGAAUUAACACUGUUGGCGGUCUUGUGAACAGAAAUAUCCCCUGGUUGCUUAGAAACUUUUGGCGUAUUUGGUUCGAAGCUGACAAGAUUUUCUUGGACUCGGCUAGACGUAACUACUUGGAGUACAAGUUUGGUACCCUCAAGUCUUUGAACUGUUACAACAACGUGUUAGGCAGAAUCCCUUACUAUGUCUGGGUAGGAUGUGACAAGUCUAGAUCGUCUGCUUUGCUUCACCGUAUCAACUGCCUUGCCACUGAAUCACCCUAUCUCGCUCCUUCCGACGAAACUCAGGCUCAGGAAUACGACAUUCCAGUUAGUAAGGGUCAUGAGGCUGCUUUGUCUAACUUUAGAAAGAACUUGCCAUUCCCUUCCACUUAUUACCAGCGCCAACCAUGGAGAGUGUACUUCGAUGAGAUCAACCCACAAUAUCAUCAGUUCAGGAACCAGUACAUUUAUGGUUUCACUUGGGAAGAUCCACGUGAAGAUAACAACAUUUUGAAAUUCUCGAGCAACGACACCGUUUUGGCCAUUACUUCCGCUGGUGACAAUAUCUUGGACUACGCCGCUCUUCCUGAUCCUCCAAGAAAGAUUCACGCGGUCGACUUGAACCCUUGUCAGAAUCACCUUUUGGAAUUGAAGUUGGCUGCUUUCAAAUCUCUUGAUCAGGAGAAAGUGUGGAAACUUUUUGGUGACGGCCGCAUUAACAACUUCAGAGAGCUCUUGCUUUCCAGUCUCAGUGCAAACAUGUCUUCAAACGCAUUCCAAUAUUGGGCUGAUAAUGGUGAGGCAGCUUUCAAUCCUUCUGGAAAAGGGUUGUAUGAUACCGGUUCCACUAGAUGGGCCUUGAGACUUGCUAAGGCUAUCUUCACUCUCUUUGGUGCAAACAAGCACAUUAAUGAGCUCUGCUCGUGUACCAACAUGAAAGACCAGGUGCGUAUCUGGAAGGAGAAGGUUAGACCAACCCUUUUGAACCCUGUUGUUGCCACCCUUCUUAUUGGCAACCCAAUCUUUUUGUGGAAAGCACUUGGUGUCCCUGCAAACCAGGCUGAGAUGAUGGGAGACUCUGUCUUCAAGUACGUUGUUGACACUUUGGAUCCUGUUAUUCAUCGCACUUUGAUUUCCACCGAUAACUAUUUCUAUUACUUAUGUUUGAAGGGUCGCUAUGCCCGUAACAACUGUCCUUCCUAUUUAACAGAGAAGGGUUACAGGAACCUUACUACAGCUCGCAAAGAUGGAGCUGCCCCAAUUGAUAACGUUCGUCUCCACACAGACACCUUGAACGAUGUUUUCGCCCGUCUUAGCAAGAAGUCUAUUACUGUCGCUAUCAUCAUGGAUCACAUGGAUUGGUUUGAUCCAAACGGCGACGAUGCUCGCAAGGAGAUUGAAGCUGUUAAGGAGUGCUUGAGCCCAGGUGGACGUGUCAUGCUUCGUUCUGCUGCUCAGUUCCCAUGGUACAUCAAGACUUUCGAGUCAUGCGGCUUUAAGUGUAAGCCAGCCGCUAUCAGACACUCUGGUGAGCUGAUUGACAGAAUUAACAUGUACUCCUCCACUUGGGUCUGUACUAAAGCUGGUGAAAAGAUGCCACAGGCCGCACGUCGCCGGAUGAGCAGUCUUAAAAUCUAA